AUGAAACUUAUGCUUCUCGCCGCCGCCGCCCUGAUUAUCUCUGCAGACAGUGUGUCUCGAGGUUCUGCGGAGUGUAACAUUAGUAUCUGCACUGGCCGAUGCGCUGAGUCAGGUCUUAGCGUCAUAGCUACAGGAUGCUGGGGCGAAGAAACAGUCUGUGAGUGUGGCAAUGACGCCUUUCGUUAA